AUGACCCUAUAUGGAGUAGGCUCUAAUGCUCAUGGACAACUCGGCAAUGGAACGAUAGAGGACACGGCAACUCCGACCAAAGUUAAUUUACCAAACAGUGUCGAGCACCCCAUUCAAUGUAUUGCGGGUGGUGGCAAUCAUUCUCUUUUAAUUGAUGCAAAUGGAAAACUAUAUGCAUCUGGACUCAAUAGUCGCGGUCAAUUGGGGAGUAACCAGUCAUCAACAACAUUUGAGUUUAUUGAGACUCCCGUGCUCUUUCGGUCUGUAGCGUGUGGAUGGGAGCAUUCAGCAGCUAUAGAUGUAGAUAGAUGUGUUUGGGUGACUGGUGAUAACUGUUUUGGUCAACUGGGACUCGACUCUGGCAUCGUUAAUGUCACAAAAUGGACGAAACUUCCAAACUUGAGUCAAGCUAUUGAGAUCUCAUGUGGUGUUAGAUCAACAGCAGUACUCACUGCAGAUGGACUGUAUGUAUGUGGUAGUAAUCAGCAUCAGGCUUUAGGAUUGCCAGAUAAGAUAGAUAUUACUGUAAAGCAGCCAGGAACGCGACGAGAUCGAGGUACUAGUAGCAUUGUCUCUAUACCGACGUUAUCACCAUGGGAAGGAUGUCGGCAUGUCAGUAUGAGCCAAUAUCACGGUGCUGUAAUCGCAAAAGAACGCACAAUACAUUCCUUUGGACGUAACAAUCACAAUCAGCUCAGUCAGCCUAAUAAGGAACGCUGUAAAUUUGACUCAUUGUCAACUGGAUGGUCUCAUACUCUGGCAUUGUCUACAGAAGGAAUAAUAUACUCGUAUGGACGUAAUGAUCACGGCCAAUUGGGACGGGCUGCUGACGCUGAAAGUGUAGCGUUGCCAGAGAAGGCAAGUGAGAUAUCCACUGGGUCUGAACAUUCUCUGGCUUUGCUGCAAGAUGGAAGGGUGGCAUCGUGGGGAUGGAAUGAACAUGGUCAGUGUGGUGUUGGAAACAAUAAGGACGUGCACCAGCCUGAAGAGCUUGUGGAGGGCUCAUUGCUCACUUUAGUGACUUUGCCAGAUUCCUGGAGCGUCAAGAACUUGUUAAUAAAGGAAACAUUGGCUGUCACGUCUAUAGAAGUCGCUUUUAGUGUACAACGACCAUGUCGUCAAAUCACUUAUAGCCUAGAACUAGCAUCUGAAAGUACAAAUCGUGCCCAAAACGCGGCAGCUCCUUUGACCAACCGAAAAUCACAGGAAGGACAGCUUAUGGCAGACAAGCGAUUUCAUCCUUAUGCGAUACCAGGAUCUACUUCACGCAAUGCACGACCAUCAAUAGCAGAACCUCCCAUGACUCCAUUCACUGGGCUUACAGGGCAUGGUGUGUAUGGCUCAACCAACACAUUGCCUUCUUCGACACUACGCCGACCCGUUCUAAAUGGCACUCCCAGCUUACGAGACACUUCAAAGACAUUGGAAUCUAUAGAAUCUAUCUUUGCUAAUUUCAAAACUCCUUCUUCCAUGCCUCCAGACUCAUCUCCUGGUCGUAGAAGUAUAGCCAGCACAGACUCAAACAUGGAUAUCUAUGCAGAUCCAGAUGUACUUGAACUCAAGAAGCAGUUGAAGGACGCUCGUAGAGAAGCAAGAGAGACACAACGAAAGCUGGAGAGACAGAUUGCUGAUAUGGAGCUUGUCAAUAGUCGGCAGAGUGCUAAGCUGGUUGAAGCUACUCAACGAGUCGAGUCCUUGGAAUCAGAUCGUAAAUUCUUGAUGCAGAGAGAAACGGCUGCUUCUACAGAGCUAGAGGAAAUCAGAAAUCAGUCGACCUCAACAAGGAGUGCUUUUGAACGAACGACUAGUGAAUUGAGACGCGAAAAUGCAGAAAUGAAGGAGCAACUAUCUUUAAAGACAUCAGAGAACGAUGCUUCCAUAGCAGACCUUACAUUUGCAAAUCAACAGCUGGAAGAGACAUCUGCGAGGACUCAGAGGAGGUUGUCAGAGCUGGAACAGGAGUAUCAAACUAUCGUGACUGCGAGACAACAAGAGCGGGCUCAACUACUUCACCUUCAGUCUCAAUUAAUGCGUACAAAGACAUUACUAGCCAGUCAGAGCAACUCUGAAGAUGAUGAUAGUGCUCUCGUCCUUCAAAAACAACUUCACGAUCAAAUCAUACACAUCCAAAACCUAGAAUCAUCCAAUAAACAACUCCAAGCCGAAAAUACGUAUCUAAAAUCACAUUACGAGAAUACAGAGAAACUGCAUGAAAAGACUCGAGCUCUGGAAUCUCAGCUUGCUAUGAUGUCUGAUCUACGGAAACGAUGUGCUGAACUCGAUACUGAAUUAUCAAAGCUAAAAGGAGAGAAGCUGAGAUGGUCUUCAUUCUUGGAUAAGGAAGAUAACACUGGGAUGGACUCCCCAUUUGCUCUGUCAAAAGAGUUGGCUAAGAAUCGGUUGGAUUUGAUUAUAUCGAAAGAUCGUAUUGGAAAGCACGAUGCUGAGAUUAGAGCCAAGGAUGAGUAUAUUGCUCAGCUUGAAGUGCAGGCUCAAGAAUCCGAUGCAAAGUUACGAGUAUUGGAAGAAAAGUAUAACGCUGAAUUGAAGACCUCGAAGCGUACCGAAAGAAGUCGUGCUUUUGCACAAAAGGAAGUCGACUUCUUUAGAGAUCAGUUGAAAUCAUAUGAUUUGGAGGAACAGAAUCUGACAGCCAACUUUGAUACAGUCAAGAGUGAACGUAUCAAGUCAUUGGAAACAUUGGUUGAAGAGUAUAGACAACAGAUACGGCUCCUUGAAUCUGAGCAUACUGAUGGAGAUUCCAACAUGACUGAUGCGACUGUAGGAAAUGCGGUUAUGCAAAAGCAUACUGCAGAGCUGACAGAAGAGUUGAGGACCGCUCAGAAAGCUUUGGAAACCUUACAGACUGAAAAUGCUCUACUUGUGAAACAAUUAACCGCUUCAGACGAACAGCUACGGUUAUUGGAGAAUGCGUUAGGAAGGGGUGAAUACAAUACAGCUACCACAUCGGUGUUGCAACUACGCAAUAAUCCAGAAUCUGACGAGUUUGCUAUUCGACAAGCCACAUUGAACGCACUCCAAGCCGAAAACAAGUCAUUACGAGAACGUCUAGUAAAUCGUAGUGAUGCAGGCCUGCCCAUUGAGAGCUUCAAAACAGUUGAACAAGACUGUCAAAGGUUGCAAAAGGAAUUGGUUGGUCGUGAUACCAAAUUGCAACGUUUGAGAAUGGCAUACCAAGCAAAAGCAACCGAGUAUCGAGAAGCUGUCUUCAAGUAUCUGGGAUAUAAGGUUGAUUUGGAAGAAUCAGGCAUUCGAUUCGUACCCAUGCAUGCAGAAGGGGAACCAUCAGUUGUGAUAUCAAGUGAUGGAACAGGAAUACAAGUUGUGAAGGGAGACAGAGCACGAGCUCAGCAUAUUGAUUCGCUUGUGGUGGCAUGGGUCAAACAAAAGUCAUCCAUACCUGGCUUCUUUGCAUCUUGGGCUCUAGACCUCAUCGAGCGUAGAAGGUAG